UUGCAGAUUCGAAACGCUUUAUGUUGCGCUUAUUAAGUAGACAGAUUAUACGUCGGGGGAUUGGUGCUGUAAUUAAUGAACCAUGGGUUUCUUCUGCCAGGAAUUAUUCUUUCGGGUCGAGGUAUCCACUAUCAUCAGUGUUCAGGAGUAUUGAUAGGCAGCUGCAGGAAAUUGAGCGACAGUUUGAUCGAGUCUUUUGGAAUUCACGCGAUUGGUUUGAUAGUUUUCGACCUAUAGGAGUUCGCGAACACCCCUCGCAAAUAGAAUCAUAUCGCGUUCUGAAUCCAGUCGUGGAAGAAGACGGCGUAAAAAAAUUCUUUUUGGAACUCGAUGUUCGCAGAUUCAAGCCAGACGAGGUCACUGUCAAGACCAAUGCGAAGGAAAAUACUCUGACGGUUGAAGCAAAACACAAAGAUGACGAAACGAAGUUUGAAUAUUUGCGUAAAAUCACACUACCGCAAGGAGUGGUUAGUAAAGAUAUGACAUGCCACUUCACGUCGGAUGGAAUUCUGCAAAUCAAAGCACCAUAUAAUCCACCACAAGAAGCCAUCACCGUUGAUACGGAGAUUCCCGUAAAACAUGAAUGAGUGCACAGUAAUUUUGGUUGGAACUCAAGCAUUUCGGUUUACUGAGCAAGGAUGGGAUGUACUGACGAAGGAUUUCAUAAUAUUAACCGAUCAUAUCCAUGAGACCGUGCAAUUAAUCCGUUUUUGAUGAUCCCUGACAGUAUAUAACAUAAAGCAUUAAUUUAGAACUAGGG